UAGGCCUAUUUCACGUAAACAGUGCCCUUGUCUUGAUUGAGAAGCAGGACAAGGAAUGCUAUGUAGGGCAUAGCCCGAGUAAAAACGACUAAUUUUUCUUUAAAUAUCGAUUAUUUUACUAUUUAGUGGAAAAACAUGUCGGUUAAACAUGCUGUUAGUCGGGGCAUGGAACUGGGACGGUCGGUCUUCCAGCUAGGGCUUCUGAAACCAGCUGCCCGACUUGCGGCGAAGUUCCGAGGUGAGCGCCUGAGGGUCGGCCAACCGUCCCGCACCGUUCAGCCUCAGACUUUUCUGCCUGCUCGCUACCGAUAUUAUCGUAUGUCUUUGAGUGGUUUAGCAGCGCAGUUGCAGUCCGGUGGUUUCAGAAGGUUAGUUGGAGGCUCACCCAGAAACAGGGUUGUGUUUUUAGCUUUCGGUGUCGGUCUUGGAUUGAUCGAACAGCAGUUUGAGGAUGACAGGAAGAGUGUCGCAGCAUGUCAACAAAUACAGGCAAUGUUCAAGAAGAAGAAGUUUGAGACGCCACUGAAGUCUUUUGUGUCUGGGUAUAAACUGGAAGAUUAUGUUAUCGGGAAGCAAAUUGGUAAAGGGUGUAAUGCUGCUGUUUAUGAGGCAGCAGCACCAUUCGCAGUCCCCAGAGAAAGUGAGAAAUGCUCCUUGGUGGAAUUGAAGUCUAACUCCAAUGAACAGUCUGCAUCUCCUCAGUUUCCUUACCCAACAAUAUACCCUCUUGCCGUGAAAAUGAUGUGGAACAUGGGGGCCGGCUCCUCCAGUGAGGCUAUCCUGAACUCCAUGUCUCAGGAGCUGGUCCCUGCAACUCCCCAUGCUCUCAAGCAGGAGGGAGAGCUCAGUCUCAAUGGGCAUUUUGGGUGGGUGCCAAAAACUGUUCCUGCACACCCCAAUGUGAUCAGAGUGUACAGAGCAUUCACAGCAGACGUGCCACUGCUGCCUGGGGCUGUGGAGGAGUACCCAGAUGUGCUGCCCACCAGGCUCAACCCCAUGGGCGUGGGGAACAACCGUACUCUAUUCCUGGUCAUGAAAAAUUACCCAUGCACUCUGCGUCAGUACCUACAUGUCUGCACGCCAGCCAGAAAGGAUGGCACCCUCAUGGCCUUGCAGCUGCUGGAAGGAGUGGAUCACCUGUGUAGACAGGGCAUUGCCCACAGAGAUCUGAAAUCAGACAACAUUCUCUUGGAGUUUGAUUCAGGUGGUUGCCCUCGUCUUGUGAUCACAGACUUUGGCUGCUGCUUGGCAGAUAAGAGCUGUGGUCUUGAACUCCCCUAUAACGGCCGCUGGGUAAGCAGAGGAGGGAACGCAUGCUUGAUGGCACCAGAGGUGGCCACGGCAACUCCUGGACCCGGUGUUGUCAUUGACUACAGCAAAGCAGAUGCAUGGGCAGUUGGUUCCAUUUGCUAUGAAAUUUUCGGCGAGCCGAAUCCAUUCUAUUGUCCACAUGGCCUGGAAGGGCGCAGCUAUCAAGAGACACAGCUUCCUACACUACCUACAAACACACCAGCAGACGUGCAGUUGGUGGUUCGCCUGCUCCUGCGCAGAAACCCCAAAAAGCGUCCGAGUGCCCGGGUGGCAGCCAACAUGCUUCACCUCAGCCUGUGGGGGAGACGCGCCCUGGCCACCUUAGACAGAGCCAAGCUAAGUGAGCUAGCCGACUGGUUGCUGUGCCAGUCUGCCUUUGUCCUGCUGAAUGGCCGUGGCCCGAGUGGGAGCUCAGUGGAGGCCGACCUACAGAGGUGCUUCCUCUCCAACAUCGAUCUGGAAGAUCUGCGCACGGCCAUCGGCUUCCUCGUGUAUGGACAGCAGCUCAGCUCUGCCGUCACUCUGUGAUUAGGACCCAUUUGAGCUGAAGACUUAUCCAUCAUGUAGUAGAUAUAAGCACAAGUAGAAAAUUGUAUUUUUCUGCCUGUUUUUGUUUAGGUUGCACUUUAUGAACACCUUGCACUUUUCCCUUGUGCCAAGACUAGUAAGGUUUGUGCAUGUUCCCGUGUCAACAGCUCAAAUCUAAAACUUUAAACAUUAAAGGGACACCAGACAACA